AUGUCUCUCUACGUGGCAGCUGAUGGUAUUCUGGAGACACAUGUCACAUGGCAAGACAUCGAAGAAGCCAUGCAAGCCUCCUUGGGCACUAAAGCUAAAUUUGGAGCCAAUAAGUCUCUGAGGAAUAUAAGCGAUUUGAAAGGCUUUCAAUCGAAAAUCGCAUUGAUAGAGCCUGAUUGGGUCGGAGCAGAGAAAAACCAGAAUCUUCCUAGCAAGUUUGCAGUAAAGAUAUCAACUCAACUGGCUUUUGCUGUAUUUUCGAAAAUUACAAAAUUUGAUGGCGGAAAUGGUUUCGGCGAGGAAAAGCUCAAAUUUCUGGGCAAAUUCAUUAGAGAGGGCCAUAACCGGGAAGUCGAGGCCUACAAGCUCCUGGAAAAGCUUAACCAUCCAGAUAUUCCCCAUACCAAGGCUUAUUACCUCAAGCCAUUCAAAGACAAAUUUGAUCUCAAGGGUUUUAUGAUUUUGGACUUUGUCCCAAAUGUUCACCCUAUGCCGAUGUACGAGUCAAUCCCAGCAGAUGACCUGAUUUCCCUGGUCCGUGGAGUUGCCACGUUUGCAGGUCACGGAGAAUCGCUGACCGCCGAGCAAAGAAGUUUCGCAAGAGGCUCGGAUAUCUUCGAAUUAAUGUUUGAAGAAAUGUACCCCGACGAGCAGCUGGAGCGAGUCUGUGGCGUAAUUCAAGCCACAUUUGGAGCCAAAAACCCUGCUGUUGUAGAGGAAUGCAUUAAGCUGUUCUGGAUCUACAAAAAUUCCAUCAAGAGCUACUCCAAAGUUUCGGAGCUUUUAGGCUUCAAGCUGGUGCUAAAUCAUGGGGACCUGUGGCAAUCAAACAUGCUCCAUUGUCUUGAUGAGCAUGGAAAUCUGGUCUUGAAAGCGAUUAUCGACUGGCAAGGAGUGUCGAUGUUGCCACCAGGAUUGGAUCUAGCGAGGCUUUUAAUGGGAUGCCUAACGGCUUAUGAGAGACGAGAGCGGGGAGCCGAGUUAUUGAUGCUUUACCAUCAGACAUUCACUGGAAUUGUUGGGGAAGAGCUGUUCAGUUUGGAAGAGCUCCAAGACUCUUACAAUCUCUACUAUCCAAUUAUGACACUGACACUUGUACCAAUGGUGUCUUCCUUGUUCGAAAAUUCAGAAAUGUCUGAAGUAGAAAAAACUCAGGCUCGGCUGAAAACGGAGGGAAAACUCUUCGCAUUGCUGGAGGAUUUGGUCAAGGUUCAUGAGCAGAACGUGAAGAAGUUUCCGGAUUUUUUGAAAUAUUGA